AUGGUAGAUUUUGUUCUACGUCUCAAGAGUGCAGAAGACAAAAGUCUUGAACUCUUUGUAUGUGAAAUUGCUGGCGGCCCAUACAAUUUGAAAUCCGAUAAAAUUUUGUCUGAUAAACGUAAAGUUUUUCGGGAACUUCAAGAUAUGUUGGCAGAAAUAAUUGGGUAUUUUAUAACCAAUUAUAAGGAUCGGUUUACUGAUAAUAUAAAUGCCUUACAAGAAAUGAUUGAACUGGUUAUCGAAAUUAAUGAAGAUCUCGAACAAUUGUAUGAUUCAAGAUCCAGUAAAAAUAUUAAAAAAAAAAAUACUGAACAAAUAAGUAGUCUAAAUAAAAAAUUUAAGGAUGAUAAAUAUAAGAAAGAAAUUAUUAAACUUGAAAAAUUUUCAAAGUUAAAUCGAGAAGAAAAUUAUCAAGAAUCGUGGAAAUUACUCCAAAAACUACUUAACGUUAAUUGUGAAGAUCGCACUAUCAAAUCUAAAGCUGAAUUUUUCACUGCUGAAUACCAUCUUCAUGGGAUGUUUGCAACAAAACUUGCCGAUAAAGAAGAAUACAAUUAUGCAUUAAAUAUUUUUAACCAGAUUUGUAAAAACAAAAGUUCUAAGCUUAAGGAUAGAGCUUCUUUCAUGGUGGAUAAAUGUAAAGGGAUGAGAGAGAAAUUUUGGAAGAAUUUAGAGUAA